AGAACGGGUGCCAGCGAGCGAGGAAGAGGGCCAGGCUAGUGGAGACUCCGAAGCAACGCCAGCAGACCCCGUCCACGUGAGCCAUCCUGUAAACCACCUCGACCACCGCGUACACAGCAUCACACACGCCUACCCUUACACACACUCACAGAGCCUCGAUUGUGCACAGACAUCCCCUGCACACAACACCCAGCCAACGCAUGCACUCUUUGCACACGGCCUUACGGGCAUCUAGGAAACCCCCUUAAUAGCCAGCCAUAUGCACAAAGCCCCGUCGCACAGCCUCCCACAAGGACAGACGGCUCUCAAAGGACCAACGGCGCAUUUUGUACAUUGCCUCACACACAGGUACACACACGCGGGGACGUAUGUGCACACGUUCACACAUCUGCGUACGAAGCACCUGUGUACGCUGACAGUGAAAAACUACAUCCAAGUCAACCCUUUCGCCACCAAGCGCUUCCUACACAGGAAAAAACGCGAACCAAAACAAAACAGUUCGAAGAAAUUCGAACCGCAAAACCGGACCUUUCUCAACCAUACACUCUGACUCACUCCCAUGACCUUAAGCAUCGACCACAAGCCUCAAACGUAAUUCAAAUCUCAAGCAGAACUCCAUGAACUCAAAUCGACCAUAAAACAAAUUCAUUAGACCUUAAAAAAAAACUCGACAAGAUGUUGCUGGGUGAAGGAAAAAGGGGCAUCGGAGAGCCUUGUUGGAGUCACGCCCAAUGCUAUCGAGGGCAGGCUAAUUCGCACUGCCUCGGACUCAUCUGCAUGUGCGAUACCGGGUUUCAUAACUAUGAGGGAAAGUGUUCGAGAAACAUCUGGGAAGAUCUCGGAUUACACUACUGGGAACUCAUGAUCGUGGCCUUCGUGUUGACCAUAGUGGCACUGAUGAUGUUCAUUGGCACCGUCUACUUCAUCAUCUCCAAGAUCGCCAGGUUCCGGCAGACGAGCCCCGAGGAGCAGAUUCCCCCCGAGGAGAGCUUCGACAAGAGGGCCAGCGUGAAGGGCGUCUCCAGCGCCUCCGGGAAGACGGCGAGGGCCUUCGAGACGCAGCUGGUGGACAGAGGGAUGGUCGAGAGCCAGCUGGUCAAGGAGGAGGACCUGCUGCGACCGGAACAGGACAUCAGGCAGACGGCGGCCUACCUCGAGCCCUCCAAGUUCAUCCUGCCGCUCAGCUUCCGCCACAAUAGCGACUCGGACUACUCCAGGAGUGACCUCUACAGCAGGAGCUCUUGGUCCAGCGCCUCCAGCACCUCCAGCGGUUCCUCCGGCGGAUGGGUAGGCGCUCGCUGGCCAGGCGUCGGAAGGGCGUGGGCGGGGACGGGCGGGCGCGGGCGGGAAUCCGGAGGACGAGUGGUAUCACCCGAGGAGGAACCACGCCAGAAGAACGGGGACUUACAGCCCUACAGGAACAGCCCGCCUCCCGCUCCUGCUAAGAGCCUCCACGCUAUCAGAGAGCGACGAGUCUCCUUAAGCAGAAGGAGAGAGCAGGCUUCGAAAGUCAGAAAAACAGGAAACAAAAGAGAAUAAAAGCAGGUGAUGAGAUACAAAAAGCAGGAGUCUAGGUAAAGAUAAGAGAAGCUACCGAAGAGGAGUUGUUGUUUUUUUACUAACAUUUGAAUUAUAUAUCCUAUUUAUAAAUUCAGUUAAAAACGUUGGACGAUAGACAAUUCAUAAUCAUGGUAUAUAUAAAAUGCAUAUAAAGUAUAUGCCGCGUUUAUUAUAUAACUCUAUCAUGUACAAAAAAGCCCAAGAACCAUUUUAUAAGUUAAUGAAGCAAAUAACAAUAAACCACCUAUGGAUUUUAUUUAGUUAUAAAUAAAACUCCAUUCCACAACUAUAAAAGUGUACCAUAGAGCUUACAGUUUUCUUUCACGUAGUUAAAUAUAGUGUAAUGUGAACAAAGAUUUAGACACAGUAACGUCUGUACAAAGAUGAAAUGAAACACAUCCAUAACAAGAAAGGGAAAUAAAAUCGCGACGUUUCGGACAAGAAUAAACUCAUCAUCAGGUAUUUCACGGACAUGGAGUAAAUUAAACUAUUAAUGUCCAAAACGACGCUUUUUAUUUAUUUGCUUUAUUUGUUGUGGUUGUGUCUCUUUUUAUUGUAUGGUGUGUUGUUAUAUAUGUGUUUUAUAUAACGGAUAUCCGUAUAUAUGAGUAUAUAUGGUUUACUGUUUAUAAUCAUCUCCAUUUUCGUAUAUAUUCUAAUAAACAAUAAUAGACAUAUUUCUUUCAAUUUUCUCCUAUACAGUUUUAUAAGAAAUAUAAACCUAUAUUAUAUGUAUUGUACAUAUGUAUUUCCAUUAAGGUGUACUGUAUAUUCUCCGAUUUAUUA